AUAUAUGUUCGAGUCUAUGACCAGCAGACGUCAACUCACAUUCUAGCAGUGAACUCGUGAAGUUCUUUUCUCAGCUUGCUGCUAAACUUGGUUGGUGUGAUUUCCUCGGUAAAAAUGAUGAAGCAGAUUUUAUCGCUCGUUUUUGCCACCGGGAUUAUUUGUUUAGUUGGUAGCCAGGCACCACCAGACCGACUGGGCGUCAUCAAAGGGAUUCCAUGCCAGCAGUCAGACAUCGUCAACAUGAUGGGGAGGUGCAUGAUCAAGUUCACCCAGGGGCACGGCGUCCCCGUCCUCGCCAAGAUGAGAAAGAGCUUCACGUGCGAGACUUCGACUCUAAACUGCACAGCUGUUAUGGAGACCAGAGUGUGUCUAGCAAAGCUGAGCGAAACUGAGCUGUCCCUACCAUGUCGUCCUUACAUUGAUGCAGUUUCAGACCAUCAGUUUAGUGUAUUUAACAUCCCUUGUCGAGUGUCUCAUCUAAGAGCCACCUGUAUGGCCCUUUUCACCAAACAUGGGCUCACCCAAUUUUGACAACAACAAUAAGUAAUAGAGCUUGGCAGUUAUUUAAAAACAAUAAACAAUGUAUCUGUAUU